GGAGUUUAUGUACACACAUGGAAUGGGAAUUAUAUAAACACAAUUUGCCGGGCAGAACAGGCGACGAGCUGAGCUUCUCUAUCUCCGUCCACGUUGGAACAGUGCUUAAUCAACUCGCGUGCUUGACAGUCGUAGGUUCUCCAUUCUUGCUGUAGAGAGAAUUUUGGGAGUUGCCCUGGUUGCCGGUACUGAUUGCGAUCCUGGAGGAUAUAACUGAAGUGUUGCGCCAUUGAACUUGCGGUGGAUAAAGUGUGCCCUAAAUAAGAUAUAUUUCUACAAUGGCUUCCUCGUUAAAUGUUGUAUCGCCAAAUGUGCAAUACAGUGACAAAUACAUCGAAGUGCAGUACCAGUAUCAAACUACGUCAGUUCUCAGCGAUGGACCAUCUGGAUAUACUGUACGCCCAGAAACCACUGAGCUGAACAUCCGAACGGAACGCCAGGUGCCACGUUUGGGUCUCAUGCUCGUUGGAUGGGGCGGAAACAAUGGUUCCACCAUCACAGCAGCCCUGGAAGCGAACAAGCGCGGUUUGGAAUGGAGAACCCGCACCGGAGUGCAAAAGGCCAACUGGUUCGGAUCUAUCACUCAGGCGUCAACCAUCCUGCUGGGAACGGAUGUCAAUGGGCAAGAUGUGCACAUUCCCAUGAACAAAAUGGUUCCCAUGGUCAACCCGGAUAAUAUCGUCGUUGAUGGAUGGGAUAUCAGCUCGAUGAACAUCGGGGAUGCCAUGAUCCGAGCAGGCGUAUUGGAGGUCGGUUUACAGGAUCAAGUGCACAAGAAGUUGUCUCUUCUGAAACCAAGACCUUCGAUAUAUGAUCCGGACUUUAUAGCAGCCAAUCAAGCUGACCGAGCAGAUAACACUAUCCCUGGAACUCGGUAUGAACAAUAUCAACAGAUCGUGAAGGAUAUCCGUGAAUUCAAGCAAACGUCUGGCGUCGACAAGGUGGUAGUUUUGUGGACGGCAAACACAGAGCGGUUUUCCGAUGUCAAGAAAGGAUUGAACACAACGAUGGUUGAGUUGGAGAAGUCACUGAAAGAGAACAAGUCGGAGAUCUCACCGUCAACCAUUUUUGCGAUGGCUUCUAUAACUGAGGGUUGCAUCUACAUCAACGGAUCGCCCCAAAAUACUUUCGUACCUGGAGUAAUUGAACUAGCUGAAAAACAUGGUGCUUUCAUCGCGGGCGAUGAUUUCAAGUCCGGUCAAACCAAAUUGAAAUCCGUAUUGGUGGAUUUCCUGGUUUCGGCCGGCAUCAAGCCGGUUUCGAUUGUAAGUUACAACCAUCUGGGGAAUAACGAUGGAAAGAACCUUUCCGCUCCACAGCAGUUCCGUUCUAAAGAGAUUUCGAAGAGCAACGUAGUCGACGAUAUGGUUGCUUCGAACCACAUACUGUACACACCUGAUGAACAUCCUGACCAUUGUGUCGUAAUCAAAUACGUACCAUAUGUUGGUGACAGCAAACGUGCCAUGGACGAAUACACAAGCCAGAUCAUGCUCGGUGGGCACAAUACACUGAUCAUCCACAAUACUUGCGAGGACUCCCUCCUGGCUGCCCCAUUGAUUUUGGAUCUGGCCAUCCUGGGAGAGCUUUGCUCGCGAAUCCAGAUCAAAAAGAAGGACGACCCCAACGCACAGUACGUUUCAUUCCGGUCGGUUCUGUCUGUGCUCAGUUACCUGUGCAAGGCACCUCUGGUCCCGGAAGGAACUCCCGUGGUGAACUCCCUAUUCCGACAGCGUACGGCAAUCGAGAACAUCCUGCGGGCUUGCGUUGGAUUGCCACCGUUAAGUCACAUGGCUUUGGAGCACAGGUUUAACAUUGAGGUAUCAUCCACGGAACCACCUACAAAGAAGGGUAAAAUCUCAAACGAAACCGUGCCUACGAAAGUCUCCAAUGGUGUUCAUACAAAUGGAACUUGUAGUAAUGGAAACGGCGUCCAUGACAUUGCUGACUAUUGAGACCCUUUAUGGUUAAGAUGACAAACUUCAAAGGUCAAGUUUAAUUUGAUCUGAGUACAGCAAUUAUAUCGGAUGUAUGUUAAACGAUAGUAUGAAAUAUUCCCAGCCAAAAUUGCAGUUUACAGUUGAAACCACCGUUCUGACAGUUAAGGCUGCUUUAUAGUUCGGGAAAUGUGUCACGGAAUUUGGUCCCCCAUGCGUGUUUAAAGGGGAGUUUCAAGCAAUUUGAGCACGGAAAACAAAAUUCGCGCCCCUUUGAAAAUACAUGGGGGACCAACUCCCUUGAAACCGUUUCCAGAACUGUAAAUCAGCCUUUAAUCCAAUCGAAAUUGCAGAAAAAACAAUCUCGAAUUGUACAAUUGUAAGAAAAGGCAUCACUAUUCUCUUAGAAAAUAAGAAGUUUUAGAAUUUGCCAAGUGAAACACGAAAUACCAAUUGGACUGAGAAAGUUGAACAUUAACGAGAUAUCUAAGUAAAUUUAUAAGGAUUGGAUAUCUUAAUUAAUAUUCGCAGAACCAUACCGCGAUCACCAGUGAACACAUUCUGUAACUGUUUUUGGAUGCCAACAUUUGAAAUAGUUUACGUUUUAAGUUUUGUAACCCAUUCGAUGCUUCUAUCCAAUCAAGAUAACGUGUUACUAAACGAAAGUGUUAUAUUAGCAACACAAAAUUUGACGUGUAUUUUGAUGAAUAUUAUCAUUUGUAUACAGGUUGUAAGAAUAUUAUAUAAAAUAUAAACGAUAAGUGUAGAAAAGGAAA